UUUAUUUCAUGUCCUGACCCUGCCGAUGAGGGUAUCUGGGACGGCCUGUCCGGUGUGGGGGAUUCUACGCCGCUGCAAUCAUGUUUGCAGUCAGUGAUCGAACACAUUGUUGACCAAAUCGUCACAAUUGCAGACGGCAUCAUCAAAAAGGGCUCUCGUGUCGAGGAUUGA